GCACAGCGCAGACAGGAACAGCUGAAAAAGAACAACAAAGCCGAGACGACGACGACGACGGUAAAAACAACAGAUGUGCGUCUAAAACACAGUUAAAACAACGGUGACAUCAUCGCUGGUGGGGACAUUUUGUGCCGCUGAAACAAAUUAAAAAAGCCUUGGUUCAGUCACCCCCAGAGAUUUGACGAUGGGACGCAUCUUCCUGGACCACAUUGGCGGCACUCGCCUCUUCUCCUGCGCCAACUGUGACACCAUCCUGACCAACAGAUCUGAGCUCAUCUCAACACGCUUCACAGGGGCCACAGGCAGAGCUUUCCUCUUCAACAAGGUGGUGAACCUCCAGUACAGCGAGGUGCAGGACAGAGUGAUGCUCACCGGCAGACACAUGGUGAGAGAUGUCAGCUGCAAGAACUGCAACAGCAAGCUGGGUUGGAUCUAUGAGUUUGCUACAGAGGACAGUCAGCGGUACAAGGAGGGACGUGUCAUCCUGGAGAGGGCGCUGGUUAGGGAGAGUGAGGGCUUUGAGGAGCACGUCCCCUCAGACAACUCAUGAGCCCGUAACUUCGGAUUAACUUGAGUGAGGAAGGCACACUCCCGUGUCCUCUUAUCCCUCUCCUUUAUCCCCUUGCCUCUGCGCUGCGCAGCACCACCUGCAGACUUAGUGGUCAGUGAAGUUCUGGCUUCACCUCCCCACACACCCCUUCCCUCUCUCUGGCCUAUAGACCUCUGCUGAUUAGACGAUUGGUUUGCUGGCUCUACAAUUGCUGAUUAGGCUUCUCCAAAAAUACUUCCCGAUUUAUGUGUCACAGGGCACCACCCCAAAACAGCUGGGGACACAGACAGGGAGUUGUAACUUCACUUUGUUUAAGUGUUCAUGCACGGUCACACAGAAUUGUCACCACCUCACAAGGCAUGCUCCACACUUUGUCAUGUAGUAAUUAAAACACAUGCAUGAUCAGUUACACAGAAAUAUCAACUAGUUGUUUUGUUUAUUUAGAUAUCAGGAGGCAGUCGAGCUGAGUAUGUUCAUCAUGCAGACACGAGCAAAGCAGCCAGCAAUGGAGGUGUCACUGUACAUACUGCUUCUGUGGGGCUUGUGCUUCUGUGUUGUGACCUCUGUCUCAAUGUAUUUGUCACUGGUGUGCACUGAAUGCAAUUAAGAUCAUGAUAGUUGUUUUUUCUAUAUCAGUUACCUUUUAUUAGCUGGUGGUGUACUGAAUGUAAUAGUGUUUAAAAUCUAUGUUCAUGUCCAAAUGAUACCGAAAGGACUGCACAGAUUGAUGUCAUAUUUAAGUACUCAUUGUAGUGUUUGAUCAUGAUAGGAGCUUUAUUUCGAUCUUGCUGACUUGACGUGCGUUUAUUUUUUGAUUGAUAUUCUUGAAAUGUACACAAAGUGGCUUUAAGCGCGCCAUUCUUGCAGUUCACGGUGUGGAUGUGACCUCCUGACAAUUGUACAAUGCGAUUUAAUUCAAUUCCACCGCCCUCCCAUCCGUUACCAUGGAUUCUGUGCGUGUGUGGCACGCUGCGUGGAGAGCAACGUGUCACUUCGGUGACUUAUGAGGAACAUGUACCUUCCAGCCAUGUGUCUUCAGUGUGACGGAGAGGGGGGAUGUGUCUGAGAUGUGAUGGAGACAUUCUCUGGCUGCCUGCCAGUUUAAGGACAGGAUUGUCAGAGGAUGGGUCAUGCAAGAGUUUGAAAGUAGCCGGCAGUGGGAGGCAAUGUGAGACAAGUUUAUAGACGACCUCUUGAAAAAUAAUACGUUACAAUCUUAAAAACAACACUGAAAAUAUGUUUAAAUCAAGAGUUUGAUUUAAUCCAUUUAUAUGACGGUUAACUCCGCCUGCCGUCUCCUGGAGUCGAUUACUUUCAGGAUAGUGACCCAUCCUCUUCUUAUAAUCCUGAGCUUUGGGCACAUUUGGUCAUAAGAUGACUUGUUUCUUACAACACAAAGCCAAGCAAGCUUUAAUGGAGUUCUAGUCUUUAAAGUUGAGCCUUUGUCCUCUGACUAUGCCAGAGCCUGCAUUUUAUAUCGUCAGUGUCCUGUGAAGAUUUCAAUCAAAAUGUCAGAUGCAAAAAAAAAAAAAAAAUCUAAAUCUCCAUGACAUUUGAGGUUAUUUUUGGAGUGGGUUAUAGCACAGCAUCAUGCCCUGGUGUAACAUUGUGCCAUUUCAGAGUGUGCAUGCCUGCAGGCGUUACCAGAUUGGUCCAGCCUUCACUAGCGACGCUGUUAAAUGUUUUUGCCCGCCUUUAAAAGGUCAUGCAAGGCAGUGUCAUUUCUACAAAAAAAUAAAAAAUUAAAAAAAGAACAGGACACUGACACCAUCCAUAUCCCCGAGUCAAUGCAGUGUAACCGUCAAUGGCCGUGACAGAAUAUUGUUAUCGUUUUGUUGUUCACUUUUACCAUUUUAUUGACAGGCCAUUGUUUUAUUUGCUUUACUCUAUAUGAUUAUUAUUAUUUUAUGGGCUGAUGCAUUUAUCUUAUUGUAUAUUUUCUCUAUUGGAAGUUUGAAAAAAACAGUUUUCUUCUUGUAUGGCUAUAGUUUUUCUCUGAUGUGAUUUCUAAAUAAACAUAGUCUUGCUGGGUUCAAA